AAAGCGCCAAGCUGUCAGUCAGUCAUCAUCCAUCCUCUUCCGUUUCUUCUUCCGGAAUUUCAACUCAACGCCCGCCGGCGGUCGAUGCAAUUUCCCUUCCCAAUUUGGGGGUAGCUGCUAGCUUCUACCUUCCAGAUCAGAUCAGAUCUCCAUGGCGGCGGCGGCGGCGGCGGCGGCGGAGGACAAGUUCGUCCUGCGCUCCGGCGUCCGCACCGGCCUCAAGCGCGAGUUCGCCUUCGCCAUCGCCUCCCAGGCCGCCCUCUCUUCCACCCUCGGCCGCACGCGCUCUUCAUCCUCCGCAUCUGCCACCCCCAACUCCAAGCGCCCGCGCCGCCCCCCCUGCACGCCGGAAUCGGAUCCCCCCGUUCUCGCCCUCCGCGCUCACACCCCCGACCCCGAUCCCCACACCUCGCCCAGGCGGAUCACUCGCUCCAUGCUCCUCAACCCCUCCGCCCCCCUUCUCCACCACCACCCCAAGCUUCAGCUUCAACCCCGCCGCUUCACCAGGUCACUCUUGUCGUCUCGGACUAGCAACUCCUCCUCCUCUUCACCUUCUGCCUCCACCUCCACCUCCAAGAUGGAGCUCAAGAUGUCCAAGAAGAUUUCCUUCACUAGGAUCCCCAGGAACCUCAAGGACCUGCUCGCCACUGGCUUGCUCGAGGGCCACCCCGUCAAGUACAUCAUGAGGAAAGGCAAGCGAGCAGUGCUUCGUGGAGUCAUUAAACGUGUCGGCAUACUGUGCUCUUGUUCCUCCUGCAAAGGACGAACCGUUGUUUCCCCUUAUUAUUUCGAGGUGCAUGCUGGGAGUACUAAAAAGCACCCCUCCGACUACAUUUUCCUAGAAAAUGGAAACAAUCUGCAUGAUAUAUUGAGGGCGUGUUCUGAUGCUACCUUAGACAUGCUGCAAUCUGCAAUACAGAAUGCGAUUGGCCCAGCUCCUAAGAAGAGGACAUUCAGAUGCCAAACUUGCAAAAGUUCAUUCGCUACCCUUCGCACUGGGAAAUUUGCUUUGUUAUGUGAUUCAUGUCUUGAGUCCAAGGGAUCUCAAAACAGUACCAGGACAUCAAAGAUUGGCCGGAAUCCUACUUCCUCUGCUAGGAGAUCCAAGAAUGAAUCCCCAGGUUCAAAGUAUUGCAAUUCAUCUGCUAGGGGAUCCAAGAAUGCAUUCCCAGGAGUGAAGACUACUAGCACGGGAAGGAUUACAAGAAAGGAUAAGGGAUUGCAUAAGUUGGCUUUCAUGAGUGGUGUUCUGCCAGAGGGUACCGAUGUUGGCUACUAUGUUGGUGGAAAGAGGUUGUUGGAUGGCUACAUAAAGGAAUUUGGAAUCUACUGCCAUUGCUGCAACACAGUGGUUAGCCCUUCGCAGUUUGAAGCCCAUGCUGGCCGUGCUGCUCGACGCAAACCGUACCACAACAUAUAUAUGUCAAAUGGUGUUUCAUUACAUGAACUGUCAGUUUCACUUUCAAAAGGUCGAAAUAUGUCAAACAGACAAAGUGAUGACUUGUGCAGCAUUUGUUCAGAUGGUGGGGAGCUUCUCCUUUGUGAUUCCUGCCCAAGAGCUUUUCACAGAGAGUGUGUUGGCUUUACUACUAUCCCAAGGGGAACUUGGUGUUGUCGGUAUUGUGAGAAUAGACAACAGAGAGAAAGUUCUUUGGCAUAUAACCACAAUGCAAUAGCUGCUGGGAGGAUUGACGGAAUUGAUCCAAUGGAACAAAUAUUUACAAGGUCCAUACGCAUUGCCACAACACCAGUGACUGGAUUUGGUGGCUGUGCACUGUGCAGGCUCCAUGAUUUCAGCAAAAAGAAAUUCAGUGCGAGAACUGUGCUGCUCUGUGACCAAUGUGGGAGGGAAUUCCAUAUUGGUUGCCUGAAGGAACACAAUAUGGCUGAUUUGACGGCCUUGCCUGAGGGAGCAUGGUAUUGUACUGCGGACUGCGUUAGGAUCAGCGAGACACUGAAGGACUUACUUAGCCGUGGAGCAGAGCCUAUUUCUUCUGUAGAUGUAGAAAUUAUAAAGAGGAAAUAUGAACAGAAAGCUCUAAAUAAAGAUGGAGAUCUUGAUGUUAGAUGGAGGGUUUUGAAGGACAAAAGUUCAGCAGACAGUAAAUUGGUUCUCUCCAAAGCAGUUGCAAUUUUCCAUGAAUCAUUUGAUCCCAUUAUCCAAAUUGCUACUGGGCGAGACCUUAUUCCAGCCAUGGUUUACGGGAGGAGUGUAAGGGAUCAAGAUUACACAGGAAUGCAUUGUGCUGUAUUAACUGUUGGCAACACUGUAGUAUCUGCGGGUCUUUUCCGUGUUAUGGGUAGUGAAAUUGCGGAGCUACCCUUGGUUGCUACAAGUAGAGAUAGUCAAGGCUUGGGGUAUUUCCAAGCGCUGUUUGGCUGCAUAGAACGAUUGUUGGCAUCUCUGAAGGUGAAACAUUUUGUGCUGCCAGCUGCAGAUGAAGCGGAGUCUAUCUGGACACAGCGGUUUGGAUUCGUGAAGAUAACCCAAGACGAGCUGCGUGAGUACCUCAAGGGUGGGCGAACAACCGUGUUCCAGGGAACAUCAACCCUGCACAAGCUGGUCCCAAAAUUGGAUGGCUAGCUCUGUGAAUAUAUGCAUUGGAAUGUGCAGGGAGCGUUGAGGCAGGUCCUUGCCACCCUGAUAUGAAGCGUGGUGAAGAUAGGGACGGGACGGGACGGGAACCCUAAGAUAAAAAAUCCCUUCUGUGAAAAUUAAUGGGUGCGUCCCUUUUUGAUAUUUUUUAUUUGUCAGUGGUGGAAAAGAAUAUCGGGAGGAUGUGUUUUCUUGUUUGUUUGUUUUUUUACAUUUGCGGCAGGAGUUGUCUGAUGUCGUGUGAGUGUGUGGUUAGUCUAGCUAGCUAUUCAUCAUACUUCAUGCAGUUGGUACUUGUUUUGUGGAUAAAUCUGUUGUUUUGCAUACUUCCCUGCCUACUGUGAUGCUUUUC